AUAAUUAGAACGUUAUUUAAUAUAUAAAUAUAUAUUAGAAAGGUUUACAAAAUGGACUCAUAUAGUGAGUAUGUAAAUGAAAGGAAAAUGCCGCCUAUAUUUCCAAAAGCUUUAGAACCAUAUGACAUGAAACCAGUCGAGAAUGAGUUGGGUUUAACAAUCACCGAACGAAGAUCCCUACAAAAUGGUUGGAGUAUAAUAAAGCAAAAGCAACGUCGUGCCGCGCUGACCAUUUAUGUUAAUCUCUUCACCGAACACGAGAAUCUCUACGAAGUAUUUCGCUCUGACGGUGUAUUGAACAUUGAAUUCGCCAGUCAGCAUCAAAAGGAGGUACUCACUGUUUUCCAAAUGAUUAUCGAACAAGUGGAUAAUGCGCGUUUUGUUAAGACAAUGCUGAAAGAAUUAGCUUUACGGCAUGAAGCUGCCUCCGUAACCAAUACCCAAUGGCAGCUCUAUACAAAUGAAGUGAGAAAAUAUUUUCUGGAGACAUUGGCCGAUGCCAUCUCACCAACAUUCGUGCAUGCAUUAGAUAAACUGAUGAACUUUGUUUGCAAUUUUAACGAUUUAACUGAAUCCAAAGAGGAGUUGCACAGAGUCACACGAAUUAAAUGAAAUGCAAAAUAUUGUUUACACUUUAUUUUAUAUUAAAAUUUUACCAAGGAGUGUGUCCUAUAAAUUUUCCUUCAUAAAAUGUGUAUAAACUUAACAACAUCUGGAUGAAUGGGUAUACAUGUUCAUAUAUGUUUGUAUAUACAUAUAGGAACAGAUUUAUGUUUUGCAUGUAUGUACGAGAUUUGGGAAUAAAUAGCACUUUUAUAAGUAAACAAGA